AAAGAUUUUUGUUCGAUUCCUUAUUUUUUGAUUUCUUUAAUUUCUGUCGUAUUUCUUAGUUCAAUUUAAAUUAUUUUGGUGCUAGAUUAUUCAGUUUUUGCUAUCAUUUAAUUAUUUAGUGAAAUAAAUCCGUAGAAUAAGAUGAAAUAGGUGCAAAAUAAUAUAUUAAAUUAUGACUUCGUCACUUAAAGAAAUUUUGUUGGAAACAACAAGUGAAGGAAUUAGUGAACAGCCACUGAUUGAGUGGUCACAGGACUUGCAGCCACUCCAUUGUCAAAAGGAUGCCUUAACAGACUUCUUUGGAUGGAUAUUACAAAUAAUAUUGGCUGGAAUUGCAUUCAGCUGUCUUAUUGCCAAAAGAUAUUGUGAACCAAAAUACAGACGAAGACCUUGGAAUAUUUGGUGGUAUGACACGAGUAAGCAAGGAAUAGGAGCACUUGUAAUUCAUAUGACUAAUGUCUAUCUUUCGCCAUUGUAUCAUGGCGAUCCAUGCACUUGGUACAUAAUCAAUUUUCUGUUAGAUUCAACCAUAGGUUUAUUCAUAAUUUAUGUAGGAAUAAGAGUUUCAAUUUACUUAGCAAAAGUAAAGCAUUGGCCAGCAAUUGAAUUUGGAGAGUAUAACGUACCAAAGAGUUGGAUAUAUCAGACAUGGAUUUAUGUCCUUUUAAUGAUGAUAGUAAAGUUACUAACAACGUUAAUCAUUCAAAUGGACAUGUGGAAUUCCGUUAAGAAAGCUAUACUAUCUCCAUUUAAGAAUCCCAAAGUGGAAGUUAUCAUAGUUAUGCUUAUCAUUCCAUUUUUCGUUAACGUUCUUAUAUUUUGGAUAACUGACAAUUUCUUGAUGAGAAAUAAAAAGCAUUUCCUCGGGCAUCAUCAAUUGCGAUCAUCAAAUGUGUCUGGAAAGAAAAGACGUGGAAAAAGUAUUUUAGAGAAAGUCAGAAUCAGGUAUAGAAACGAUGAGAUGCAUUCAGAUUUUUCUGAUUUAAUUUCGUCUGAAGACGAACCAAUCAUUCAGAUACAUGAUAAACUACAAAGUGCCAACAAUACAACUAAAAUUCAGCAGAGGUCGAGCAGCAUACUAGGAUGAUAUUAUAUAGUUUCGUAUAGUUUAAAUCGUUUGUGAUAUUAUGAGGCCUUCUGCAUCGACAAGAUUAAAAGAAAGAGAGCUUACCAUGAAUUAUUCUCUACAAUCAAUUGAUUAUAGAAUCAAUAAUCGUCAUUAUUUCACCUGAUAAAGUCAAUAUUUUGGAACUGAUACAUAAAGUUUUUAAUUAUAUCGGAUAUUAAUCAUGUAUAUAAACAUCUGUAUGCAGCAUACAGCUAUUAUUUUUUUGUUAUAUGUUAAUAAAACUGAGAAAUGCAAUCUG